AUGUGGAAUGAGCUCAGUUAUAACGGGAAGGCUUUAGGACCUGGAGGAGGUCGGUGCGCGCAGCACAUGUUUGUAGCCUAUUCAUAGACAACACUUUGUUCGUCUGUAAAUUGCUUUACAGCCAGCAUCGGUCCUAUCCAGAUCAUCGGCCGAUGCACAUAUUGUUUUCCUUUAAAAAAAAUUGUGUUUGUAACAUUUUGAGUGGGUAGAUUGAAUUCGUUGUUGAGACAAUAUUCCAGUUGGAAACUUUGAGACUGGGGUUGGAGCGGCGAGUCCGUCCAGGAUUUUCUAACGGUUUCUCGUAGUUGAUCAUAUUUCAGGAAGUGGUUUAGGUCCUGCUCAUCAGCUGUUCUACUGUAUAUUAUGGUCGCGCUGCCGUGACAUAGCCUACUUGGAUUGUCCGCUCAUCCCAAGCCGGUCAACAUGUCAAACCGGCGGUGGACCCAGAAGUUCGCGCUGUUGACAGCACUUCAUGUCAUAUCAAUGACAACUUGUUUCUGUGGCAGCCUGCCCUUCAAGACAGCUAAAGAGUCACCUGGCCCUGCUGGUCCCACCCGUCAGCAAAGCCCCAUCUCUCCACCUCACCACCCUCAGACCACAGAGCCUCUUCUGCUCAUAGGCGGACAGCGGAGACCCAUCACCCACCUCCCAUCAUUGGGUCAUCCCGCAUCCCUGCAGGUCCUGGUGGAGGCCGAAGGUGAGCAGCUGCUGCUCCGGCUGGAGAGGAAUGAGGGCUUGUUUGCCAGUCACUACACGGAGACACACUACCUGGAGGAUGGCAGCGUGGUCACGGGCUCUCCCAACCUCACAGUGAACUGCUACUACCACGGAGAGGUGGAGGGUCACGCCCGGUCAGACAUUGGCCUCAGCACCUGCAUCGGGCUCAGGGGACUGAUUACACUUGAAGAUAAAACCUUUGUACUGGAGCCGUCGGGAGAUCCCCUCCACCCCACCACCCACCGGAUCUACCGCGGAGAGCACCUGAACCUGACCCUGGGCUCCUGUGGGCACGGCGCCAACAUCUCCAACCCCUUCAGCCUGAACUCGCCCGACGCCAGCGACCCGCUCCACAGGCUCAGCACCCGACACAGGAGACAAGCCCAGAGCACCACCAAGUAUGUGGAGCUGAUAAUUGUAGCUGACAACCGAGAGUUUCAGAAACAAGGCAAAGACGUGGAGAAAGUCAAGCAGAGGCUGGCUGAGAUCGCCAACUAUGUGGACAAGUUCUACCGGCCCCUGAACAUCCGUGUGGCCCUUGUGGGGCUGGAGGUGUGGAGUGACUCAGACAAGUGUGCCGUCUCACAGGACCCCUUCACCACGCUGCACGAGUUCCUGGACUGGAGGAAGCUGAAGCUGCUUCCCCUGAGACCACAUGACAACGCCCAGCUGGUCAGUGGGGUCUACUUCCAGGGUACCACCAUAGGCAUGGCUCCGAUCAUGAGCAUGUGCACAGCUGAGCAGUCAGGUGGCAUCGUCAUGGAUCACUCGGACAAUCCUCUGGGGGCAGCGGUGACUCUGGCCCAUGAGCUCGGACACAACUUUGGGAUGAACCACGACACGCCGGAGAGGGGCUGCGGCUGCAGGGUGACGGCCGAUCGCGGAGGCUGCAUCAUGACCCCCUCCACAGGGUACCCAUUUCCCACGGUGUUCAGUAGCUGCAGUAAGAAGGAUCUGGCUGCCAGCCUGGAGAAGGGGGUAGGGAUGUGUCUGUUCAACAUGCCCGAGAUUAAAGUGCUCUACGGGGGACAGAAGUGUGGCAACGGCUACGUGGAGGAGGGAGAGGAGUGUGACUGCGGAGAGCUGGAGGAGUGCAUGAACCCCUGCUGUAACGCCACCACCUGCACCCUGAAGGGAGACGCUGUGUGUGCCCACGGACAGUGCUGUGAGGACUGCCAGCUGAAGCCAGCAGGUACACCCUGUCGAGAGUCCAGUAACUCUUGUGACCUGCCUGAGUUCUGCACCGGUGUCAGUCCCCACUGUCCUGCCAAUGUGUACCUGCAUGACGGUCACGCCUGCCACAAUGUGCAGGGCUACUGCUACAACGGCAUCUGCCAGACCCACGAGCAACAGUGCAUCACCCUCUGGGGCCCAGGUGCUAAGCCGGCUCCAGGGAUCUGCUUCGAGAGGGUGAACUCAGCCGGAGACCCGUAUGGGAACUGUGGAAAGGACGCCAAAGGAUCCUUCGCCAAAUGCGAGGCUCAGGAUGCUAAAUGUGGUAAAAUCCAGUGCCAAGGUGGAGCCAAUCGGCCGGUGAUUGGUACGAAUGCUGUGUCCAUCGAGACCAACAUCCCGCUGCAUGAGGGAGGCCGUAUCCUGUGCAGGGGGACACACGUCUAUCUGGGGGACGACAUGCCUGACCCUGGCCUAGUGCUGACAGGAACCAAGUGUGGAGACAGCAUGAUGUGCCUCAACCGCCAGUGCCAGAAUGUCAGCGUCUUUGGCGUCCACCAGUGUGCUGGGAAGUGCAGCGGGCGGGGGGUGUGUAACAACAAUAAGAACUGCCACUGUGAGGCCCACUGGGCGCCUCCUUUCUGUGAUAAGGCUGGCUUUGGAGGCAGUCUGGACAGCGGACCUGUGAGAGUAGCAGACAAUGCGGGUUUGAUCCUGGGGAUCCUGGUGGCCUUCCUGUUUCUGGUGGGAGUGGGCGUCAUCGCAUGCAUCAAGAGGAAGACCCUCAGCUUUCUCUUCACCAACAAGAAGAGCACCAUUGAGAAGCUGAGGUCCGUGGGUCCAAACAGGCCAUCCAGUCCGUCCCACCCACACCCACACCCAGUGUGUCGGAUGUCUCCACCACGUCAGCCUCUAGCCAAACCACACAGUGCCAGCAUAUACAAGCCACCUCACCUGGGUCCUGAGGCAGUGGUGCCGUCUCAUAGCUUGCGUCAGCUGCCACAGUGCCCGCCCGUGCACCUGAGCCACCCCUUGCCCCUGAAACUGACGCUCACCAUCUCCCCACCGGUGCCACCUCCUCACAGGACUCCUCAGCCCCCCCACAUCCACCUCCAGGCCCCCCCUCGGGGAGCCUCCUUCCGUGGGGGCCCUCAGCGGCAGAGCUCCUGCAGGAUGGUCAUGGACCUGGAGAAACCCAGCCCUCCCCAGAAGCCUUUGCCUGCUGAUCCUCUGGGCAGGACGGCCCGUGUGAUGCGCAGUCCCUCCAGCGCCCGCCUGCCCGUGCCCGUCCCGCUCCCUGUCAGAGGACCUGUGCCCGGGGUCCACAGACCAGUGCCUCCUCUCCCACAUCCUACCAGACCUCUUCCCAAGCAGCCUCCAACACUGCCAAAGCCUCACAUCAUUGGUGGAGUGAAAUACAGCUGAGGCCUUGGACACAAGGGAUGGAUGCCCUGGAGGGACAAAAAGACUUCUUUUGCACUAUAAAACUUCUGCCCUUGAAAGACAUGUGGUCUGUCUGAGUCCUGAAACUCUGGGGUUGGUUGCAGAGGCCCGACCCUUGGUGCUCUAUCUCAUAAUGGUGCUAUGAGUACAUGCUCAGGUACAUGUAAAGUUAUUUAUGUCCUGUAUUUAUUUCAGCACAGUGCACUGUGGUAGACACUUUUAAUUGUAGCAUUUGUGUUUUUUUUUUUUUUUUAAACCUCUCCUCCUACAUCUUUGUCUUUUUGAUUACAUUGUUUGUACUGUUUAUUUUAUCCGAGGAGGCUUCAUUGCUCUCAUUAGUGAACCAUCUGGAGAGACACUAAAAGAGGAGAUGUCGAGUAAACUGGAUUUAUAAUGGAAGGGACUUUGCAGCUUUAUGUGUGGGAGAAUCACUACAGUAUUUGGGAGAUGUAGGAUAAAUGGGAGAAAAUAGCAAUCUUAAGCAGAAUUUUCUGCAUCCUGUGGAUUGACUAAAGAAAGCGGUAUUUUGUGACAUUGAAGACAGUAUGGGGCCAUGUGUUGAGGUGAUUGUUUAGAACACACCUAAAAGUAUGAAAAGAAAAAAGAGGAGUGGAUGGAAAGUUCUUACUGGUGUUUUUCCAUCACGAUCAUCAAACUGUAAACCAGACACUUGAGUACUAGGCAGUUCCACUAUGUUUAGAAGGUUUGAAAGAACCAGAUAAAACAACCUGUACAUUAAGUUACAUGAGAGCCAUACGAGUCAGCAUAAAGUAGUGAGGGCAGAUCAACCAUCUCUUCGGUUCCAUUCUCACUCCUGGCCAUAAGCCCUAACUACCCCAGAACACCUGACGGGGGGCUGUGGACGGGGGCACAUGGGGCAUUUCCUGCCUGCCAGCUUCAGAGGGGAAAGCUGAAC